AGAGAGAGAGAGACAGACAGAUGUGUAGGUGAAUACAUGAUGCUGGUAAAGAUGCACAAUACGCUGUCAGGGGAACUAACUCUCAUUUUACUGUAUGUGAGAAAGUCUAGAUUCCUCAUCUUUCCCUAAUAAGUUUUCCGUAUUAAUUUUUUAAAAAAUAUUUCCCAAAUAAAGGCACGAUGAAAGUUGAAUUAUUGGAUUUCUAUUGGGUGUUUCAAUAAAACGAUUAGAUCUACAGCAACAACGUAGAAGAGGUUAAGUAAAAACGUAUAGAGAAUGGAUAUUAUUAACUUUCUUCUAAUAUUAAAGAAAAUCUGAAGGGAAUAGUAGUGUCCUGAUAAGAAGUAUAAUUGAGCGAGCGUGCAUGCUUCUUUCUUUUAUGUAUUUCGAGGGAUUAGCUCUUAAUUUCUGAUCAUUAUAUGCCCUAUUUUUGAGAGUCGCUAAAAAUUGCCCCCCUUGUUAUUUUAUAGAAAGAAAUUUCUCUCAAAUAUGAUUUCUUUUAAUUCGGAAUUCUUAUUUCCCAAUCGAUUGGUUUCGGGUUCAGUCCCACCGCGUGACACCUUGGGCAAGUGUCAUCUACUAUAGCCUUAGACCGACCGAAGCUUGUAAGUGGAUUUGGUAGACAGAAGCUGAAAGAAAUGUCGUGUGUAUGUGUGUGUAUGUUCCUGUUAGUUACCUGCCAGCGCUUGGCAACCGGUGUUUGUUUACAUCCUCAAUUAACCGAUACAAUAAGUGCCAGGUUAAGAAAUAUGGGUAGUGGAACCUAUUUCUUCGACUAAAUCCUUGAAAGCAAUGUCCUAACACGGCCGCAAUCAAAUGACGCAGAAGUAAAAGAUACAAGACCAGUCUUCUGUACUUAAAACGGGGGUCAUAUAUUUUGCAUCGAAACUGCGGAUAAACAUACAAUGUUAGCUUUACUGUGACAUAAUACGAAUUUACUGCUGCAGACGAAGGAAUUAUAUGAUCAUUGACAUCGUUGAAGGAAUUUGAUGAAAGCAACUGAAAACCUUAGUAACAACAACAUCUAUUUCAUAGUUUUUAAAGAAGUCACACUAUUUAACGCUUCUCUGUUUACUUCUCAAAACGGUACAGGAUGGACUUUCAAGUCAAAUAUUAAUCUGUUAUUCUUGAAAACGUAGAGUCGGCUGUUGUGUGCAAUAUAAAAAAUAUCUGAUGGCAUUGGCAUAAAAGAUUUUGUUUUUACUUCAAAUGCAUCGAUUGUAUUUACCAUCUUUUAAAAACUGAAGGAAGAUGUUAUACACACAAAGUGUAACUAUAUAAAUCUAUGGCAGAAUUACCAUGAAAUAUAUCGUCUGUAUGAGAUUAUAGGAACAUUUGUCUACUUCACUGUCUGAAUUGUGCAUGAGAGAGUUUUUGCAUUUGAAUUAAACUUGGACACAUUCACAGAAGAGUAUAUGGCAUCUUCAGAUAUUGAUAAAGACAAAGUUGUUAGAAAUAAAUCAGUAGAAAUACUUGUUAGGAAUAAAAUAUAAUAAAAAAAAGAGGAGAGAAAUAUUUCUGUGAUGUGGUAAAACGAGUAAAAAUUAUGGAAAAUAAAUUAUCUAAGAUGCAGGCUAAACGUAAAAAAAUAUCUAAAAAGAUUGAUUUUCCUGAUGAGAUGCUGAAGGAUAUAGGAAAGGUGUUGUACCGUUGUGAUAUCUGUAAAAAGUCAUUCUCUCAAAAAGGUAAUCUUGCUACUCACAAACGUACUCAUACAGGAGAGAAACCAUAUCACUGUGAUAUCUGUGGAAAAUCAUUCUCUCAUGGAAGUACCUUAACUACUCACAAACGCAUUCAUACAGGAGAGAAGCCAUAUCCUUGUGAUACCUGUGGUAGAUCAUUCUCUCAAGUAAUUCAGUUAACUAACCACAAACGCAUUCAUACAGGAGAGAAGCCAUAUCACUGUGAUAUCUGUGGUAUAUCAUUCUCUAAACGAAGUACUUUAACUACACACAAUCGUAUUCAUACAGGAGAGAAGCCAUAUCACUGUGAGAGCUGUGGUAAAGCAUUCUCAGUAAGUAGUAACUUAAUUAACCAUGAACGCAUUCAUACUGGAGAGAAACCAUAUCACUGUGAUAUAUGUGGCAAGUCGUUCUCUCAGAUAGUUACCUUAACUAACCAUAAACAUGUCCAUACAGGAGAGAAACCAUAUCCCUGUGAUAUUUGUGGCAAAUCAUUCUCUCAAAGUGGUAUCUUAACUAUUCACAAACGUAUUCACUCAGGUGAUAAGCCUUAUCACUGUGAUAUUUGUGGUAAUUCCUUCUCUGAAAGAAGAGUCUUAACUACACACAAACGUGUUCAUACAGGAGAAAAACCUUAUCACUGUGAUAUCUGUGGCAAAUCAUUUUCUGUAAGAAGUACCUUGACUAAUCACAAACAUAUUCAUACAGGAGAUAAACCACAUCACUGUAACAUUUGUGGUAAGUCAUUUUCUCAAAGAAGUAAAUUAACUAUUCACAAUUAUAUUCAUGCAGGAAAUAAACCACAUCACUGUGAUACUUGUGGUAAAUCAUUUUCUCAAAAUGGUGACUUAACAAGACACAAACGCAUUCAUACAGGAGAGAAGCCAUAUUAUUGUGAUAUCUGUGGUAAAUCUUUCUCUCUGAGAGGCAGCUUAACUCGACACAUGUAUAUUCAUACAGGGGAAAAGCGAUAUAAAUGAUAUUUGCAUUGUAUCAUUCUAUAAAGAAAGCUACUUUACAAUACAUGUACCUAUUUAUGCAGAAGCAUAAUGUCACAAUGUCAGAAGUUGUCUUAUGAAAGAAAUAUCUUAUAUGACAAUAAAUAUGUCCACAUAAGGAGAAGAUAUAAUAACAAGCACAUAACUACAUAUAUAUUUAUAUAUGUAUAUAUAUAGUUUGUGAAAUCAAAUUAUAACAUCUUAGUUAAAAUCAAUCAUUCUUAAUACUUUCCAGAAGACACUAUUGUUUUAUUUGAUAUUGUGUGUUAAUGAGUGGGAUGCUGCCACAACAUCACUAUACUUAAUGCUGCAAAUAAAUCCGCAAAGAAUAAAAAAAUGAUUUUCAAAACAUUGUAAUUGGGUGUAUGGAGGGUAACAUAUUCUGAAUGCUAUUUAUAUUCUUUCAUGUGUAGUAUGUAUAGUCACAGGUACGGUUGUGUGGUUAAGAAGUUCAAUUCCCAACCACAUGGUUUUGGGUUCAGUCUCACUGCACAGCACCUUGGUCAUUUGCUAUAACCUCAGGCCACCCAAAGUUUUAUGAAUGAAUUUGGUAGAUGGAAACUGAAAGAAAACCAUCACACACACACACAUAUAUAUAUAUAUAUAUAUACAGGGUGUCCACAAAGUCUGGGUACAUGGGGAUUAACACACUUUAAGAAAUUAUUUCUUAUAUUUAAUUGGUUAUGUUAUGAUUUUAUUUACUCCAUGUACCCAGACAUUGUGGACACCCUGUAUAUAUAUAUAGACAUCUCCAUGUUAUUAUAUGGAAACUGACAUAGCUGCAGUGUUUCUGUUGAAAGUUCCCUUGUCAACAAAUCAUCUGCUCCUUUGGCACUUCAAAGUUGGGGUGAGUGAUCCCUAAGCAACAGAAAGGGCAUCUAGCUGUAAAACAAUGCCUCAGCAUAUUUAUGUGAUCCAUGCAAGCUUAGAAAAAGAGACAUAAAAUGAAUAUAUUCUGUGGAGGAAAUAAGUAUGUCUUUUGUAGGGUGUAUAUAAUAUCAAAUCUUUUAUUGAUAUAGUAAUUCUGUCAACUUUAUGAUUAAGCGGGAUAUUCAUUUUCAAGCAUGGUGCCAUGUAAAAAGCACCCAGUACUCUCUGUAGAGUGGUUGGCAUUAAGAAGGGCAUCCAGUUGUAGAAACCGAGCUAAAACAGGCUAUGGAACCUGAUGCAGCCCCUGGCUUUGCCAGUUCCUGUUCAGCCAUCCAACCCACGCCUACAUGGAAAAUGGACCUUAGAUGAUGAUGAAGAUGACUAUAACAAACUUAAUGAAAGUGUAAAGUUGAUGGUAUGAUCUGCUAAUCAUACUCAUCAUUAUUUUAAUGUCCAUUCUGCAUGAUGGGAUGGGUUGGAUAUGUUUAUUAUGCAAGAUAUCACCACGUUUAUUCAUUCACAUCUGUGAAACCCAAAAUUUUGAGUUCUGACGUUAUUGCACUUUGUGAAUAUUCUUUACAACCUGAAAUCUAAAUAAAGCUGAUUUAAUCUUUAAUCAUUAUUUUAUUUUGUACAA